GUUGGCAAGGGCGAGAUGCGGAAGGUUCCCGUGCCGGCCAACAGGUAUACCCCGUUAAAGGAGAACUGGAUGAAGAUCUUCACGCCUAUCGUGGAGCACUUGCAGCUUCAAAUCCGGUUUAAUUUGAAAACGAGGAAUGUCGAGAUCAAGACCUGUCAGGAGACCAAGGACCUGAGCGCUCUGACGAAAGCAGCAGACUUUGUGAAAGCGUUUAUACUCGGCUUCCAGGUAGAGGAUGCUCUUGCUCUCAUCAGAUUAGAUGACCUUUUUAUAGAAUCAUUUGAAGUUACAGAUGUCAAGCCUUUGAAAGGAGAUCACCUGUCGAGAGCCAUAGGGAGGAUAGCGGGGAAAGGCGGGAAGACAAAAUUCACCAUCGAGAACGUCACGCGGACACGCAUCGUCCUGGCUGACGCGAAAAUUCAUAUUUUGGGAUCUUUUCAGAACAUUAAAAUGGCACGAACAGCAAUUUGCAAUCUAAUUUUAGGAAGUCCUCCAUCCAAAGUUUACGGCAAUAUUCGGGCAGUGGCCAGCAGAGCAGCUGAAAGAUUCUGA